CGCGGCAUGGCCAAAAUGGCGGCGGCGGCCCUGACCCGGGAGGGCGGGGAGGAUGCAUUCCGCAGGCUUUUUCGUUUCUACCGGCAGCGCGACGCGUCGGACUUGCGGGGCGUGGUGGACUUCUCCGUGCCGGGGGGCCAGGUGGUCAGAUCACAGCUCAGUAUUUCGUCAGUCAGUGAUCAAGAUGCCUCCAGAGCAGGAUUACAGCCAGUUAGCCAGUGGAAAGCCUAUGGCCUUAAAGGUUAUCCAGGCUUUAUUUUCAUACUGAAUCCUUUCCUUCCGGGAUGCCAGCGUCACUGGGUGAAGCAGUGUCUCAAGCUAUAUCCCCAGAAACCCAGUGUCUGCAAUUUAGACCUUCAUAUGGCUCCUGAGAAGACCAUUGACCUGUGGGGACAGAGCAAAGAGCAGCUAAGAAAGAAGGGCUCCAGUAAAGGGGAGCCCAGAAGCUUAUUGGAGAAGCUGCGCUGGGUGACCCUUGGUUACCAUUAUAACUGGGAUACUAAGAAGUACUCAGCAAAUCACCACACUCCUUUCCCCUCAGACCUUGCGUUCCUGUCAGAACAAGUGGCCGCAGCCUGUGGGUUCCGGGGUUUCCAAGCCCAAGCAGGGAUCUUGAACUACUAUCACUUUGACUCCUCCCUGGGAAUUCAUGUGGAUGAGUCUGAACUAGACCAUUCUUGUCCCCUUUUAUCAUUCAGUUUUGGGCAAUCCUCAAUAUUUUUGCUUGGGGGCCUGAAGCGGGAGGAGGCCCCAACAGCAAUGUUCAUGCACAGUGGAGAUAUCAUGGUGAUGUCUGGCUUCAGUCGCCUCCUGUACCAUGCUGUGCCACGGGUCCUCCCCAACCCUGAAGGAACAGCUUUGCCUUCAUGCCUGGACAAAGGAGUUUCUUCAGACCUUCCUGUUGGCUCAGUCAUUGAGCACAGCUCUGAUGAGGACUGGCAGGUGUGUGCCAAGUACUUGCAGUCUUCCCGCAUAAAUAUGACUAUUCGGCAGGUGUUGGCUGAGGGUCAGAAAUUCCCAGAGGAAUCUGGGACAAAGGGAAAGGGCCAAGCACCCUCUGAAGACGGUCACCAUCAGGAGAACAGCAGAACCAAGAGACAUAAACCAAACACGGACAGCUGAGACCAGGAGGUCAUGCUGACAUGGACUGGACAGGCAGUCUUCAUACGGAAUUGGGAGCUAAUGUAUUGAUACUAGGCAUCACUUGUCAGUAUUGGGAUUAAUAAACUUCUGCAGACUAAAUAAAGUAAUUUGUGCUGUAAGAAAUAGAGAAAAAGAAUUUAAAAGAAGGAUGAGUUCAGGACUGGGACCCAGGAGAUCAGCUCUUCUGUUGUUUUGUUGCAGACAUUUAUUGUACUCUGUUCCAUUUAAAAUACCUGUGUGUCAGAGAAUUUUAAGCUUGGUACAGUCAUGCUUUUAAAGCAUUUUGAAAUCAUUGGGCAGAAGGUGCUAGCAAAAGAUAUAUAAUUGCGAAGGAUUAAAGAAUCCUACUGGGCUUGUGCUGCUCAGCUGAAGUGCAGUAGCAGGUAUGAGUGAGAAUAGGCUGCUACGGGUGUGAGACCUACCUGCAGCAUUUCCAAGAAGGCUGAGCUAACCUCUACCACAAAAACUGGUUCAGUGAUUGGAAACUGGCAGCUCCCUCAAGCAGCACCUGCUAUAAGCCUCCUAUAGUCCUGUGCUCUCCUCUUGCCUGCUUAUACCUCCUCAGUUGCAUCAGAAACUGCUCUUAUGAGUAGAAUGCCUUUUUGCAUACCUAAGAUUUUAGAGAGAAACGACUGGGGGAAUAUCUACUUAGAAUGGCUAGUAGCUCCUAGAUGGGAGUAUGUGAGUGAGCCCUAUAUCCCCAUUCUUUAAAAACUGUCCUCUCUUCAGUACCUGCAGAUUAUGGCCCUCCAGUCCCAAGACAGCAUUGUUAGGGAACAGAAUGACUUGCAGGAGAAGAAAUGAAGUUGAAAAGUACCAAAAAAGUUAAUCGGUGACUUAUCUCUGUCACCCAAAGAUAAAUAUAUAGAAACAAAAGCACCAGCUUUUGUGCCAGUUCUCUUUAAGGCUCAGACCUUCCUAUCUCCUUUUAAUGUGAUUUUAAUUGUUGGAGUGGAAUGCACUAUCCUUGGGGUAUUUUGUUGCACUUUCCCAAUGAAUAAACUUACUCAGUUUUUAAAUUAAA